UAGAGGUGACUCGCUGGUGGUGUACAGUUUUGGAAAUCUGUAGGUGACAUUAACUUGAGCUGAAAAUGGCUUUGUCAGAAGGUGAAUGGGGUUUGGUGCUGAAGGCUUGGGGUAACGUUGAAUCGGACCCGGCAGGCGUCGGCCAAGCUGUCCUACUUCGCUUGUUUCACGAUCAUAAAGAAACUCAAAACCAUUUCCCGAAGUUCAAGAACCUCUCUGCGGCUGAGCUGCAGAGUUCUGGCGAUGUCAGGACUCAUGGUCAAGUCGUCGUUAACAAGCUGACCGAGCUGCUCAAGAAGAAAGGAAACCAUGCAGAUAUCCUGAAGCCGCUGGCUGAGUCCCACUCCAAAAAGCACAAGAUCCCAGUCCAGAACUUUGAGCUGAUCUCUGAAGUCAUUGUGAAAGUGAUGUCAGAGAAAAUGCCUGACUUUGGGGCAGAUGGUCAAGCCGCACUCAGGAAAGCUCUGAAGGUUGUCGUCACUGACUUGGGCAACUUGUAUGAAUGUUGAACAGAUAGACAAUCUGAUGUCGGCUUCAAGAGGAGCUUUAGAAAGUGAAGCUACAUGGUUUUUCAUUGUCAUGGUUACUCUAUUUUUAUGAUCGUAAAUUCUUCUAGAUGCAGAGAUAGAUAAGGGGAAAUGAAAAGGGGGAGAAAACAUCUAUCUUGUUAUACAUAGGCUGAAACCCACAGAGUGUCUCCUCGUCUCCAUUACUUAGAAUUUGAACCUUUGGGUGUAUAAAUAAAGGGCUCUAAUAGUUCUUCAUUUGCUUGCUACAACAUUGUAACCUUUCUUUCCCCUGACAGCAUUUAACAUGUAGUAACUACUGUAUGUUUUGUAUUGAUUUUCUUUUAUAUGGAGUAACCUUUUAUGAAAUCCAUUAAAUAAAAACUCUUUGUUACCUGGUA